ACACUCCUAUGCAGCCUACUCACUCAUUUCAAUGAUAGAAGCCAAAACAUCACCAGAGCCCCUUCUUUGGAAUUGCUUUCAGAAGUCUGUGGCACUUUUAAUAUCCUCAGUAAACUUCUGGUUCAAGAUGGUGGAUGAAGCACAUGUUACAGCCUUUCUUUGUCACCCCAAAUCUCUGGAAUUGAUAGAAAAGAUAUUUUUAAAAUCUACAACUGAACCCUAAAACAAGAAGGGAGCCCUCCUUGGGCCAGAAAUUCUGAAAGUAUAAAAACUGAUGGGAUCGACCCGAUGGAGGAAACAAAUCAAAAUAUACACAGAAAAGUAUCCCUACAAAGGCAAGACAAAACCAAAUGGUUUUGGUCUCAUAUGUGGAGAGAGUAGGUUUAUGAGAGCAGGAGGAAACUAGGGGCAACAAGCAGAUUGAGGAACUGGCUUCAGAAGUUCCUGUAUAUCUCCUCCCCCCCACUAUCAAACAGCAGCUGAGGUAGGGACUCUUUCCAAAAAAGCUAUUGGCACAGAGGGCUGGGGCUGGAGAUGCAGGGUACACCCAAGCCCAGAAGCCUAGCUCUAAGAUAUUCUGACUAGUGGCAUGUUCCACCCCUUUCUCACUCUUCCUGUAAACAUUUUGGAAUACAAACUGCACCAGAAUGUCCUGUCUCUUCUCUUCCUCCCCAAAAAGGUGGACAAAGAGAGGUAGCCGGAUGACUAAUGGGAAAUUUCAGCCACAAAAAUGAGCACAUAAUUAAGACCAAAAUCUGAUGAAUGCCAACACUAUAUGAGGAAGUCACAAACUGUAAACAGAAGAGUUUGCACCUAAGGAAACAGACUUACUGAUCAAUCAAAACAGGGCCCUAUAAUACACUGAAUUAAUAACAACCUCAGCAGAUAAUAACAACAUCAGCAGAUAUUGCCAUCCAAAAAGAAAUGAACAUAUAAUGGACAUUAAUAGUUUGAUUUUUGAAAUGAAAAUCUGAAUGGAUGGACUGAAAGCCAAAUAACAGUUGAAGAGCUGCGAGAUUCAAUCAAGGAAUUAUCUCAGAAUGUAGCACAAAGAGAUAAAAGAGAUGGGAAAUAUGAAAAGAGCAGGUUAAAAGCCAAAAUUAGGCUGAAAAAUUCUGCUACCUGUUCCCUCAGAGGCCGGACGACGUGUUAGGUCUCAUAAAACUGAACUGAAAAGUAAAGGGGGAGGAAACCUCUUAGAGAAAUGGCUGCUGCUGUGGGAAUGAUACCCAGCCCAGCCCUUUUGACCCCCUCCAUGAGACAGGUCCUAGUGAGAAGAAAAGUAUGGGUUGAUGUGAGGCAACCCCUGUACAAGAGGGUCUGAGGGCUCCAUGGUGGGCCUCUGGUCCCACAAUACCCACACCUUGUCUAGUGGCCUGAAAGGCUUUUAAUGAUCAAGAUGUAGAAGACUUUGCCGGGGGUCUCUGCUGACCGUGCUUUAAAACAAAUUGUCUUGGAAGAGGAUAUCAGAUAUAGCCCAUUGGGAAGACAAUGGAUUAAGUAUCUGAGGGACAAGAGGGCACCCUCAGAGGGGCAAAGAUGAAAGCUAAGGUAACAGAGCAGCCAGGCCUACUGGUAGUUGACUAGUAAGCUAUCGUAAAGAAAGGAGCAUUUCCACAAACAUGCACUGAAGUCAUGGGACCUCAAAGAUGAGGAAGAAAGCCCCAGUCCCACCUGAUACCCAAGAGCUUUGGAUUUGCAGGCUCAUGUGAAAUGUGGGUUUUGGCAGCUGUGCAUUCACUAGAGAGGGCAACUUGCCUUGCAGGCACUGUCAAUAGUCUUCCUUUGGUGGUUGGAGUGCUAGUGGCUGAGGUCUUGCCAGUGGUCCCUAAUGGGGAGUCCAGGACGACCACACAAUAUUUCUCCCUCCAGGUGUCGCUUGUUGGUUCUUAUUAUCUCUCCUGCUCCAGAACAAGAAUUUCCCAGAGACUCACUUGGACGCUUGCUGGGAAGAACAACUAGAACCUGCAGUGUCAUGACCCCAGAAGGAGGGCAUCAUGGAAAUCAGAUUGUAGAAUAUGCACGACUUUAAGUUUUUUCUCUUGAGAUCAAGGAACAAAAGAUGGUUUUGGAAAUGCUGAACCCAAUGCAUUAUAACAUCACCAGCAUGAUGCCCGAAGUCAUGCCUGUGGCCACCAUGCCGAUCCUGCUGCUCACUGGCUUUCUUCUUUUGGUUUGGAAUUAUGAAGACACAUCCUCAAUACCCGGUCCUGGCUAUUGUAUGGGGAUUGGGCCCCUCAUUUCCCACUGCAGGUUCCUGUGGAUGGGCAUUGGCAGUGCCUGCAACUACUACAACAAGAUGUAUGGAGAAUUCAUGAGAGUUUGGAUAUGUGGAGAGGAAACACUCAUUAUUAGCAAGUCCUCAAGUAUGUUCCACAUAAUGAAGCACAGUCACUACAGCUCCCGAUUCGGCAGCAAACUUGGACUGCAGUGCAUCGGCAUGCAUGAAAACGGCAUCAUAUUUAAUAAUAAUCCAACCCUCUGGAAAGCCAUUCGACCUUUCUUUACAAAAGCUUUGUCUGGCCCCGGCCUUGUGCGCAUGGUGACAAUUUGUGUUGGAUCCAUCAUCACACAUCUGGACAGGUUGGAGGAGGUCAGCAACGAAUUGGGUUACAUCGAUGUGUUGACCCUCAUGCGGCGCAUCAUGCUGGACACCUCUAACAUUCUCUUCCUGGGGAUCCCCUUGGACGAAAGUGCCAUCGUGGUUAAAAUCCAGGGUUAUUUUGAUGCAUGGCAAGCUCUCCUUCUCAAACCAGACAUCUUCUUUAAGAUUUCUUGGCUAUACAAAAAGUAUGAAAAGUCUGUCAAGGAUUUGAAAGAUGCCAUGGAAAUUCUGAUAGAAGAAAAAAGACACAGAAUUUCCACAGCAGAGAAACUGGAAGACUAUAUGGAUUUUGCCACCGAGUUGAUUUUUGCUGAGAAACGUGGUGACUUGACAAGAGAGAAUGUGAACCAGUGCAUACUGGAAAUGCUGAUUGCAGCACCAGAUACCAUGUCUGUCUCUGUGUUCUUUAUGCUGUUUCUCAUUGCAAAGCACCCUAAGGUUGAAGAGGCAAUAAUGAAGGAGAUCCAGACUGUUAUUGGUGAAAGAGAUGUAAGAAUUGAUGAUAUGCAAAAAUUAAAAGUGGUGGAAAACUUUAUCUACGAGAGCAUGCGGUACCAGCCUGUUGUGAACUUGGUCAUGCGCAAAGCCUUACAGGAUGAUGUCAUCGAUGGCUACCCAGUGAAAAAGGGGACUAACAUUAUCCUAAAUAUUGGAAGAAUGCAUAGACUAGAGUUUUUCCCCAAGCCCAAUGAAUUUACUCUUGAAAACUUUGCAAAGAAUGUUCCUUACAGGUAUUUUCAGCCUUUCGGUUUUGGGCCCCGCAGCUGUGCAGGAAAGUACAUCGCCAUGGUGAUGAUGAAAGUCGUCCUGGUUACACUACUGAGACGAUUCCACGUGCAGACAUUGCGAGGAGAGUGUGUUGAAAGUUUACGGAAAAAAUAUGGCUUGUCCUUACACCCAGAGGAGACUAGCAACUUGCUGGAAAUGGUUUUUAUCCCAAGAAAUUCAGAAAAGUGCCUCGAACACUAAAGAAGGCUGAUCAGUACCUACUCUGGAGCAUUUCUCAUCAGGAGUUCACAUGGAAAUCACCCGUUCACCCUCAUGGUGAACAUUCGGUGGCCUGUGCCAUUUUAUAGGCACGACUCGUAUGGACUGUCAGCAAGUCAGGAGACAUGGGUCAUCUGUUCUUGUCCAAACCGGACUUCCAGAGAAAACAGAGGCCAAGAGUUUGCAGGGGGAAAUGGUCAAUCCCACAAAACAUGCUUUGAAAAAGGCCACCAGCAAAACUUAGGUCCUCCUUCCCACAAAAUCUCCACUGCCCUGCUCCAAGAGCAUUUUAAUGUCUGGGGCAGAAGCACUCAAGUCCUUUGGAAAGGUCAGCCUGAUGCUUGGGUACUUAGGGCCAAACAUACCUGCUAAUGUGAAUAAAAGUGUUUUGAUUUAGUUUUCAGUGGUAGGCUCCCCAACAUUCAUAUUCUUUGGAGAAGUGCUUACAAAUUCAACAUUGACUUUUCCUAUGAAUUAUGCAAUUAACUCUUGAUUAUCCACAGGUGACUUGCCUGUGGCAAAAGUUAAAUAGGGGACUCUCCUUUCCCAGUCUCUCAAUUUAUGCUUCAGUCACUCACCUCCACUACAGUAGACAUAGAUUCGGGUAACAUAAAGUAACUUAGUAAUAGCCUGAGUAAAAUAUUAUCAGGACCACACAUCUGCUGUAGGAAAAAAAAAAUCACACAAUGCAUUUCAAAUUCAAAUAAAAAUUCUUUUCUUCAUGUUCGCAUCAUUGCUUAGCUCCACUAGUGCUAACCAAGAGAUAACUUUAAAUAAUGACAUCUAUUAACUCUUACAAUGGCCCCAAUGGUUUGAGAGAGGACAACUCCUCUACAUCUACAUCUAAUUCCACAACCCAGCAGGUUCAAACCCAUUCCAUCUUCUUUCUCAACAGUUUCUCCCUCUCUUUCUUUCCGUGAUGCCAAAGUCAACAGCAACAGAUCAGUAGAGAACAUGGUCAGGGUAGAGGCUCUGCAAUCAUCUUUUAUCCUACCUCGGAUUUAAUAGUUACCUUAGAGAUUUAACAGCUAUUGAGUUUAUUGAAUCAUUAUACAUAGCCAUGGAUAAAAUGCAUACCUUGUAAAUUAGUUCUUUAAAGAGAAUCAAGUAUGGGACACCUGGGUGACCCAGUCAGUUAAGCAUCUGACUCUCGG